GAAACAUAAGAAAUUCUGAAAAGCCGCACAAUUUGGAAAAUGGAGGAAAUAUGCAGAGUUUGCAUGGGAACGUCUGAAGCCUUCACAAACAUUUUCGACGAGACACAAAAAUGGGACACUUGCGUUGCUGACAUGAUAGCUCAGUGUACCGGGUACGAGGUAAGGCGAGGCGAUUUACUUUCAGAAAACAUAUGUACGCCCUGCCUUGAGGAUGCUGUGAAUGCAUUCAAUCUUAUAAAAACGUAUGAGCAGGGCCAUCAACUUUAUUUUCCCGCAAUGGAGGAGGAUAUAGAAGAAGAUUUAUGUUAUAAUCUGGAAGGCGAGAAAUGGGAUGUGUCGGCUAGUGAAAGUGAGCAGUCGAACCACUUGAAAGCCGAUGUCAUGACGUUCAAAUGUACUCAUUGUUCAAUGAGUUUUAAGCAAAAAUUCCAUCUGCAGAGGCACGUAAAAAUGCAUACCAAUGAACGACCUUACAAAUGCUCACAGUGCUCAAAGUGCUUUAUACAAAAAUCGAAUCUUGAAUCUCACAUUCGUAAUCACACCGGUGAUCGACCAUAUCAAUGCCCGCAGUGUCCGAAGUCCUUUCAACAAAAAUCACACCUCAAUGUACACAGUCGCACACACACGGGGGAGCGACCAUACGAGUGCACUUACUGCUCCAAGUCUUUUACUCGAUCCGACAUUCUUCAGGGUCAUAUUCGAACGCACACAGGCUAUCGACCCUACAAAUGUUCCCACUGCUCGAAGUGCUUUAUACAAAAUUCCGAUCUCCAAGUACACAUCCGUACUCAUACGGGGGAACGACCGUAUAAGUGCACUGUCUGUCCUAAGUCAUUUAAUCAAAACUACUAUCUUCAAAUACACAACCGUACUCACACAGGUGAACUACCGCCCCACCAGUGUUCGCAUUGCUCGAAAUCUUUUAGCAAGAGAGGAAAUCUCCUGACCCACAUUAGGACGCACUCGGAUGAACGGCCCUACAGAUGUACCUACUGCUCGGAGUCUUUUAAGCUCAAAGGAAUUCUCAAAAGACAUACCCUCAUCCACACAAAGAACGAGCCAUCCUAUCCACUAUCCGACACUCUCGACAUUAUACCUGCAGGCCAGCUGAAAGACGAAACUACAAUUGCUCCUACUGCAGCUCGAUACAAGAACAACAGUAAAGAUUUGUAAAUUACGUUCUCUAGAAGCGUAACUUAAUCAUUCCCACACUCAACAAAAAUUCGUUAUAUGCUCGAAAUGAACAUAUUUACCUCACAAUAAAACAUAUCUAGCUAAGGUAUUUGUUAAAUGUAACAUCAUAUUUAGCCAAGUUUUCAAAUGAAGAUGGGAUAGGGAAAUUCAAAAACAGUUUCUGGAUGAUUUUUAAACUAAGGCAUUCAGUAAUAUCGUUAUUCAAAUCAAAAUAUUAAGCCGCCAAAACCACUUCAACCUAUCGCACAAAUGUACCGAAACAAAAUUUCCUAAAAAUGUCAACAAUCAAUACAUAUCGAUAUAUUAAAAUAUCAGUUAAAUAUUCCUAGAAGGGUGACCGUUUCCAUUA